AUGAACUGGAGGAGGUGCCCGUUUUCGGCUCUACGAAGGUUGUCGGGUUGGAGCGCCGGCCACAGGACGAUGGCGACGUCCAGUGUGCCAAACCGGCCGCCCCUGCUGUCGCUCCCCCCGUCAGUUCUAUGGUUCCCAGUUCUGGGGUGGCCCCGGGCUCCAUGUCCCGUGAGGAAUUCCACCGACGCCUGGCAGCCAUUCCACUGCCGAGUGGCGGAGAUUGGGACGAUGAUGACGAAGACGAAUGGGACCCUUCCCAACCUCAACCUGCAGCUCCGGAGCGUUCGGCACUGGACCAACGCCUGGAAACGCUCGGUUCGCUCGGAAAUGCCAACUGGGCAGAUGACCUAG